UACAGUGUAAAAAAAGUCCGCGCAGAUUUGCCAACUUGGUGACUUGGUCGCUAGAUUAAGAAACUUUUUAGACCCCUUUAGCGACUUUAUCAAAAAAGCGACUAGGACAAAUCUAGCGAUCUUUUCUGGCGUGGUUGGAGACUUUUGGAAACUGCGGUGAAAGGAUGCAUCGCCCCAUCCAAGGCACUCACACGCAGCCCGGUUCUCGCGCUGCAGUCCAUCUAUUCCGAGUCGCACAAACCCGCAACAACAGAGCGAUGGGAAGUACAACGAGCUCAAAACAAAGAGAAGAAACUGCUGUACUGCAGCUCUGAACAUCUUUCUUACUCAUACUGUAGCAGUCACAAUGUUUGCUGUAUCUUUGAGUGGCAUUGUUUUGCUCUUUCUGCUUCAUCACACAACACUGGACACUGCGAAUGGGCAAAACAUUGACAGUAAUACUCUUACGCGGAUUUUUACCUUCUUUGAGCAGAACUAUAAGAUAGUUGAAGAAGGAAUUGAACGUCAGUAUGCUGUAGCCAUCAAUGUACUAAAGGAGCAGUGUCAAGCUGGAUUCACGCCUACAAAGGACAACUUCCUAACUAAAGAGAUUGCAGAAAAAGUGAAAAGCGACAUUUGUAAGAAAGAAGACCCAGUUUAUGCAGGUUCAGAGCUGAUAGGAGCAGGUGUCAAGGAUAUGGGUCGCUACAGUAUACACUCUGAGCGUCUGCUGCUUAACCCUACUGAAGGAAGACUCACGCCACCCAUGCAAGACCUCCUGAAUAAAAGAAAAGAUGACAGCUGCACUGUUUUCUACACGCUUAACUCUCCAUGUGCUAGUAUCUGCCUUAAUGAGACAAUCCCAUAUAACGUCCUUCAAGGCCUUGAAACCUGGAGUGCACAUCCUAGCAUUAAAGCGCUUGUCUUUAAACAAAUCUGGAAAUUUGAUGAACCAAGAAAAGAAAUUUUUGAAGCAGCACUGAAGAAGAUUGUAAACAGGAAUGUUGCUGUCUAUCGUUGUAUCAGUGAGAAUGAGAAUGUGUGUUAUGCAUGUGGAGGAAAAGAUAAUUCUCCCAUUGAUAAACAUUGUCUUCCUAACUAAAAGUGAAGUUUCCCAAAUAUACUGUAAGACCCUGGACCACUAAACCAGUCAUAAGGGUCAAUUUAACCCUUUAUUUUUCUGAUUAAAAAGGCUUUGCAUUGAUGUAUGGUUUGUUAGGAUAGGACAGUAUUACUUUUUGAAAAUCUGGAAUUCUGAGGGUGCAAAAUAUCACUUUAUAUCCUAAUGAUUUUUGGCAUAAAAGAAAAAUGUAUAAUUUUGAACCAUACAAUGUAUUUUUGGCUAUUUCUACAAAUAUACUCAUGCGACUUUGCUUAUAGACGAGUAUACAAAAU